AUGGUAGUGGACAUAGUUAACCAACUUACUCUGAAUGAGGUAGACAUCAUCUGCUAUCAACUACCUGCCUUUUUGUCUGUGAAUAUCUUCCCUCCUCAAAGUGAUCGGCUGGACUGUUGUAGUGUCACAGAACGUUCCCUGCUCAGUAGGAAAAAACAGCACACCAUCUUCUAAAGCAGCCUUCAGCAACCUGUUACCCUCUAGAUGUUUUAAACUGCAGCUUCCAUCAUCUGCCAGGACACAUGGCCAAUGGUCAAGGAUGUUGGGACUUGUAGUCCAAAACAUCUAGAGCGCAGCAAGUUGGGUAAAGUUGUUCUAAAGAUGUUGUUUGAAAAGGUUAUGGGGGGGGGAGCCUAUGUUGUACAGCUCUAUUUUUUAAAAAGUAUUUCCAGUACAUCUCGCUAACUCUUGCUCUGUGGCUCUUAUUUAUUUAUUUGACGUGCUUGUAUCCUGCCUUAAUAAGGAGAAAUAAUUAACAUGCUUUGUGCUUCUGUACAACAGCUGCCCUUUCUCUAUUUAGGAUGGUCAUUUCAAUAGCCUUUCCAUACCCCCAAAGCAUUUUGCAGAUUUCUUCCCGUGUAGCCAUGAAACAUUAGGUAAAUAGGAGACUGCCACACAAAGCGCUGCUGAAUUCUUUUUGAAAGCCCGAGUCUGCCACUGGUUGCUUUCUCUCACACGCUUGCCUCAGGCUCAGUUUCUUUUGCUGGAGGGGCAGAAUGCUUCUGGUAGAUUCUGGAAUAUGCAUUUCCCCCCUUGUAGAGCUCAAGGUUCAUUUGCUGGUAUUCAAUAAUUUAAAAAUAUUUUUUAAAAAUCUUUCACACAUGUGGUAUACACGCAUGUCUCUGUAUUUAUGAAUAUGUUGUUUUCCUCCCCAAGCUGUUGGGGAUCUUAAAUCUGAUUCUGGCUCUCUUUAUGGCGGUGACUCCUUAGAUAGACUUUCCCUCCCUCGACCUUUCAUUUCCUGUCUCAUCCUAUCUUCUCUAAGUGCUGCAGUGACAUUUCUUCCUGAAUGUACCGACUGCCCCCUCAAACAGAACUUGGCAAAGAUUAAGCUUCUUAACCUUUUCCUGCCAUUACUGUGACCCCCUUAGAGAUAACACUGUCAUUUUGACUCUGUCCUCUGCCAUCUCUCAGGCAAGCAGUUUUGGGGGCUACUCUUUUUGAGAACUGUGAGAAAUGGGGUGCACAAAAGCAGGGUGGUGGGUAUGCAUUGGGGAAGGGGAGAGAAGGAUAAUUUGGGGAAACACUUGAGGUGGUUGCAUCUGAUAUGGUACUAGGGUAAAGUGGUGCAUUUGUUCCACUGGCAAAAUAUUUUGUGCCAGCAGAGCAUCAUUGUGUAAGACAAUGCUCAAGCUGGUAACUUUGCCACGCAAUAGAUCGUAUGAUCUGUUGCACAACAAGUUUACAUUAGUGCCCCUUCUCUGCCAUAUUCCUCUCUUGCACAAAAUUAAAACUUGCCCUCUCACUGCUAGCACAAGAUUCCUUGCGCUAGUGAACAGAGAACAUUGCCUACAGUCCUUGGUUUACCAGGUCCCAGGUCGUCAUGAUGCACACACAACAAUUUCAGAGCAUGUUGCAUUGUCUGGACUUGCGGGUGUGCAAUUCAACACCAUAGGGCUCUAAAACCUCCAACCAAAUAGGGGAUGCAAGGGGGGGAGGGAAUAGUGUGACUCAACAACUUACAGAUGUUGCUGGAUUCAGGGUCACAUCAGAGGUGAUGGGAGCUUGCAUCCAGCAACAUCUGGAGGGCCAAAGGUUCCUCAUCCCUGAUGUACAGAUUUAUUUUAAUCAAUUAUAUUUUACUAAGUUUCAACAUUUUCAACAGAUAGCACAAAUUUCGUCUCUUCUCUUAGUUUUGUCAGCUUCCCACACCUUUUUCCAUGGAGUUUUUUCUCCCCUUGUGCUGUGCCCUAUUUUCUGUCUUAUCAUAACCACAAUAUUAUAAUCUAAUGACUUCUGUUUCUCAUAGCUCAAAUCCUGAUUGUGAGUUCAUCAUACUAGAAUAUUUCAUUAAAUAGUCCCCCCCCCCAAAUAAUGCAUCCAUUCUUCCAUAAAAUACUCAGGGUGAUGUGCAGAUUUAUUUGACAAACAGAAGCAUGGGUAAACUCCAAAUCGGUCAGAAAACCUGCCCCAUUUGGAGUCCUUGAGCUGAGCUGUGCCUUCUUUCUCUGUUCAGGCCUGUGUCUCUUGCCACCUCUCUGCUGCCUUGCCCAGAUGCAGCUGCAAUAGCCUCUGUCCACUCAGCUUCCAGCUCUGCCUUUGGGGCCUAGCUGGUCUGGUCUGAUCCAGGAAGGCUCUUCACGUUCAUUCAUGAAUGCAUCCAUCCAUUCAUUCAUUUCAACCAUUUAUACACCACCUAACACCAGAGUUUCUAAGAGCUGUGCGCGGGGGGUUACAGAAGCGAAAGAAAGCUAAUAACCAGAAUUUUUUUUAAAAAAGAUGCUCAUUUCAACACCUCACUGCAACUUGCAACACAGGGCGUAAUAUGGCUGUAAUGGGGCGAUGCCAUGCCCUUGCUCAACACCACUUCCCCAGAAAAAAUAUGGAAGCAGGUUUCCUGAUCAAGGGCCCGUUUUGAAACACUGCUGCGUCAUUUAGAAACGCUUUUGAGAAAUCUCUGCCAAAAACAACCUUCCAGGAAGGGGCGUGGGGGGGGCAGGGCGUGGGGGGGCAGACCACCCUGGGUGCGCCGCCCGCCCUCGAUUCCCCAACCUCCCCCGAGCCACUGGGGUAAGGGGGGAGCUGUGCCGCUUUGCUGGCAGCAUUCCCCCCUUCUCCCUUCAUUUUGACAGCUUGGGGGAAGCUAGGGAGUUGUGGGUGCGCCGCAUGCCAAAUGUCCGCCAUGGGCGGCUCGCUCUGCUCCCAUGAGUGGGGGUUACUCUGCCCCCGGGUGCAGGGCACACGCGUUGCUCCAGGCACCUGAGCUGCUAUCCUAUGCCUGGGAGCACACCCUUUGCACCACACCCCCCUCAGGAGCGUGCCCACUCUGAGCAGUGCAGGCUUAUGCUCUGCUGCUUCUUCCAGGAAAGACAGAAAGCAAUGAGUUAGGACAUGGGUGGAGAAUCUUUGCUCUCUUCGUAGCAGUGGCAGACCUAGAAUCAUAGAAUAGAAUCAUAGAGUUGGAAGAGACCACAAGGGCCAUCGAGUCCAACCCCCUGCCAAGCAGGAAACACCAUCAGAGCACUCCUGACAUAUGGUUGUCAAGCCUCUGCUUAAAGACCUCCAAAGAAGGAGACUCCACCACACUCCUUGGCAGCAAAUUCCACUGUCAAACAGCUCUUACUGUCAGGAAGUUCUUCCUAAUGUUUAGGUGGAAUCUUCUUUCUUGUAGUUUGGAUCCAUUGCUCCGUGUCCGCUUCUCUGGAGCAGCAGAAAACAACCUUUCUCCCUCCUCUAUGUGACAUCCUUUUAUAUAUUUGAACAUGGCUAUCAUAUCACCCCUUAACCUCCUCUUCUCCAGGCUAAACAUGCCCAGCUCCCUUAGCCGUUCCUCAUAAGGCAUCGUUUCCAGGCCUUGGACCAUUUUGGUUGCCCUCCUCUGGACACGUUCCAGUUUGUCAGUGUCCUUCUUGAACUGUGGUGCCCAGAACUGGACACAGUACUCCAGGUGAGGUCUGACCAGAGCAGAAUACAGUGGCACUAUUACUUCCCUUGAUCUAGAUGCUAUACUCCUAUUGAUGCAGCCCAGAAUUGCAUUAGCUUUUUUAGCUGCCACGUCACACUGUUGGCUCAUGUCAAGUUUGUUAAAUUGAACUGAUAUUGGGGACUCCUUCGCAGCCAGCAGCAAGGAUUGGGUAACCGCUGUUAUUUUCUUCAAUGGCAUAUCCUCCAACAUUUCAUCUCCAAUGAAAAUAGGGACGCCCCAUUCCACAAUGAUAGUUUUACUGUUUAUACCCGACACAUCUGAAUGGGUUGCCCCAGCCACUCUCGGCGGCUUCCAACAUAUAUAAAAAUAUAAUGAAUCAUUAAACAAAAUUCCCUAUACAGGAUUGCCUUCAGACAGCUCAGGGGUCGGAUAACGCCAUAUCACUCAACAUUUCUCUGAUGAAAAUAGAGACAUCCUACCAUACCCUCCAACAUUUUAUUAUCAAUCAGAAACCAGGACAUCCCUGGAAAAUAGGGACACUUGGAGGGUCUGCAGUGGGGUUGUUCGACAACAGAUCACCACAUUUUUUAUUAAAAAAAAAAUAGUUACCACAUCUCAGAGUUUGAUUAAAAUUGCUUUAUUGGACGAUAUCACAAGUCACGGGUGUGAAUAAAAAUUUCCUAUGCCUUGUAGUUUUUGGGUUAUUGGGGGGGUGUGAAAAUUAGGGAAAGGGAAAUGUUCUAUACACGCAUGAUGCACUUUUUGAAGCAAAAUUUUUAAGCAGCGUGGACUAAAUUUGCUUCUGGGACCUCUCUGGGAUUAGGGGUCCUGAAUUUUAAGCUUCAUUAGUUUUUACUUCUGCUUCCUAGGACAAUUGCAUAAAAUUUGGCUGAAGACCACAGGUUGGGAUAGGACAGGCUUCCUCAGCCUCGGCCCUCCAGAUGUUUUUGGCCUACAACUCCCAUGAUCCCUAGCUAGCAGGACCAGUGGUCAGGGAUGAUGGGAAUUGUAGUCUCAAAAAACAUUUGGAGGGCCGAGGUUGAGGAAGCCUGGGAUAGGAGGUGCAAGUGUCUUAUUUUGCUGUUCUGAUUUUGUGGCUCUGUGUGUGUGUGUGUCUCCCUUUUUAAUUGCUUCAUUCUUUUUUGCAAACCACCCUGGGAAUAUAACUGACGGUUGUCACCUACUCCCAAAUUUCCAAGCUGCAAGAAAUUUCAGGAGUGCCAGAGCUUACCCAGGAUUUUGUUCCCUUGGAAUGAAGAUCGGUGGCUCCUUUAGGAUAGAUUGUUUUCUUUGCACAUAUAUACAACCUGAGCCAUAGGAUGGAGGGGCUCGCAGCAUUAAAACUCCAACAGAGCUUUCUUCACCAUUCGGUUUCCAGGGAAGCUUAUUAUUAUUAUUAUUUUUUUUGAAAUGAUAUUUAUUCCAAAUUUCAAAUUACAAAAAAAGAAAAGAGUUAAAAUAGAACAAAAACAGAUUAAACCUUUACAUAACCUUUUCCCUUUACUUAUUUCCAUGACCUCCUCUCACCUCCCAAUUUUGUAUUCUAGUUCAGAUCGUAUUUCCAGCAAAUCCUUCUAACCUUAUUUUCAUUUGCGUAUUUCAAUUUAAAAUAAUGUAGUUAAUCAUCCUCUGUUUCAUCAAUUUCAUCAACUCAUUUUUGCUUAAUCCUUUAUAUCAUAUCUACCAAAAUGACCUAAUUUUCUUUUUCCAACAUCUUUCUAACAGUCUUUUUUAUUACAAUAUUUUUGAAGAUAUAUUUUGAAUUUUUUCCAAUCUUCUUCCAUCGACCCUUCUCCCUGGUCUCGAAUUCUGCCAGUCAUCUCAGCCAGUUCCAUGUUGGUUUCCAGGGAAGCUUAAAGGUAAAGGUAAAGGUACCCCUGCCCGUACGGGCCAGUCGUUUCCGACUCUAGGGUUGUGUGCUCAUCUCACUCUAUAGGCCGGGAGCCAGCACUGUCCGCAGACACUUCCGGGUCACGUGGCCAGCGUGACAAGCUGCAUCUGGUGAGCCAGCGCAGCACACGGAACGCCGUUUACCUUCCUGCUGGUAAGCGGUCCCUAUUUAUCUACUUGCACCCGAAGGUGCUUUCGAACUGCUAGGUUGGCAGGCGCUGGGACCGAACGACGGGAGCGCACCCCGCCGCGGGGAUUCGAACCACCGACCAUGCGAUCGUCAAGUCCUAGGCGCUGAGGUUUUACCCACAGCGCCACCCGCGUCCCCUCCAGGGAAGCUUAGGGUCUAGCAAAGACAUGCCUCUGUGUCUCCAGCUUCCGACAUCUGCCAAACUCACAGAAAAACUCUACAGUGGUACCUCGGGUUACAUACGCUUCAGGUUACAGACUCUGCUAACCCAGAAAUAGUACCUUGGGUUAAGAACUUUGCUCCAGGAUGAGAACAGAAAUCGUGCAGCGGUAGCGCAGCAGCAGCUGGAGGCCCCAUUAGCUAAAGUGGUGCUUCAGGUUAAGUACAGUUUCAGGUUAAGAAUGGAGCUCCGGAACGUAUUAAGUACUUAACCCGAGGUACCACUGUAUUUUACAAGGUGGUGUUGCAUCCAUCUAGUCGAGGGUUGGGGUUACCCUAUUUGUCUCUAUGGCAACAGAGUAGCCUCAUUCUAAUUAAAUGGAAACAUACUUAGCUGGCCACCUUAACAAAGGAACAGGUUGGGCUGGUUUCCUCUUACAGGUUUUACCCUCGCCAACACAAGAUUGGAAAGGACCUGCAGUUAUCUUCCAGAAUGACCUCCCAAAUCAGGUAAUCUGAGGGAAAGCAGAGGUGUAGUGGUGAAUUUUGAAAUGCAGGGCCAUGUUUCCACGGAGACUCCCCCCCCCCACAAAUGCAACCUAUAGCUAUAGCCAUAGAUAUAGAUAUAGCCAUAGAUGCAUGUAUACACACACACACGCACACCAGACAGCAGCAGUACAUGACGUAAUAUCCAAUUUAUUAGGAACAGCAUGACUGCAAUCUUAUAAACAUAGUUUCCUGGGAGUACAUUCCAUUGAACUCAGCAGUGCAUACUUCAUAGCUUUAUUUGUGAAACUCAAUGAGCUUUAACAAAAGAUCUUCAGUCAGCUGAAAUGCCGCUUUUAACUUAUAAUUAGAAAUGCAAACAGUCUGUCAAUGAAAUGUUAUCAUCUGAUCUGCUAAUGCGUUGGGGGGGCAAUCUUUUCGGCCCCAAGGGUCACUUGCAGCAGUGGGUGCAACACACACACACACACACACACACACACACGUUUCUGUGAUUUUAAGUCGUUCAAAACUGUUUUAAAUAUUGUGUAACACUGUGUUUUAAUGUUAAUAUGGUGUUUUGAUUGUUGUAACCUGCCCUGAGACUUUAGGGUGAAAGGUGACUAAUAAAUUGUAAUACAACAACAACAACAACAACAACAACUCAACAACCCUCAUUCACACAUGCAUACAGAUGCACAAACAUGGAGAGACAGACAGAUAGGGAUGUUCGUCUCAGCAUGCCAAUCUCACCAUUAAAACCAAACACUCCAAGCAUACCAAAGAGCUAUACAGUGGGCUGUUGGUGCACAAUUUAAAUCGAGAGAGAGAAAGAGAGAGGCAUAAAGGAGUGGCCCUCUCUACACUUCUGUUUCUCCAUCAAAAUCACAUCUGUGGUGGGUUGGAGAGCACGGGUCUCAUGGAGAUACAGAUGUGUAGGGCCAGGGCUGGCCCAAGACAUAUUGGCACCCAUCGGCUCCAGCUCCCAGGGGCCAAUGAAGUUUUGGCCCCCCAAUGUAGUUUUUGAGGGGGCCAGGCACCCUUGUUAGAAGGUGUUUGGCUCUGCCUCUUAGCUCCUUGCAACGUUGUGCACGUGACAUCAGGACGUCGCAUCGGGGCCCCUCAAUCAGCUAGAGAAGAUGGCACCUCUGUUGGCACUUGAGGAACACCACAAAAUGGUUCCUCUCUUCCCCACCAGGAAAGAAGGGGUUAGUGAAGAUCUACAUGAGGAACAAUGGGGGAAUGAAGAUCUACAUUAAGAUGUGGACUGUCCCUAUGGAUCCUGCCACCUGAGGCAACCACCUCCCUUUGCCUCAUGGGUGGGCUGUCCCUGUGCAGGGCAAGUCAUCUUGAUGUGUCUACCCCUUCCUUAUUAUGCAAAAGACCCUUUGUUCUCAGUCCUGCAUUUAGCAGGGACAGUGGUCUUUUCUGGAUUGAGAACACCAGAAGGGAGGCUAAAGCCCAAUGUAGACAUGUUAUUUGAUAAAGGAGAAUUUUAUGAAAAUGAUUUACAGGUGGUACCUGACCCCGGUUAAAUUGGCUAAAAUAUACACAAAUAAUAAGAGUACAUGUUGGAGGUGUAAUCAGGGGGAAGGAACCCUAUUCCACAUGUGGUGGACAUGUCCCAAAAUUUAAAAAUUCUGGGACAUGAUCUAUGAAGAAUUAAAGAAAAUCCUCAAAAAAACAUUCAGUAAAAGACCAGAGGCAUUCUUGCUGGGCAUUUUAACAAUAAACAUCCCUAGAAUUAAAAAAAGUGUUUUUCUGUAUGCAACAAUUGCGGCUAGAGCAGAAGAAGAGCAGAUCCCAACUAAAAUAGAGUGGCAAAAAAAAUUAUGUGAAUGUGCUGAACUAGCCAAGAUGACUGAAGCAAUAAGAAAUCACUCAAACUUAAGAGUGAAAAAUGAAUGGGAUUGUUUUAAAAAUUAUAUGCUUGAACAUGGUUCCCAAAUCCAAACUUGGGUGUGUUUAGAGUAAAUUUCACAGAAUGAAAAUUAAUUGGAGGAGUUAUUCUAGAAUCUAGAUAAAUGAUUAAAUAUAUAUUGGAACACAGUAUAAAGAAAAGGAAAUAAAAAGAGGAGAAGAAGCUGUUACGAGGUAGAUGGAAGUUAAGCAUUAUAGAGAAACGGAUGAAUAUGAAUAUGUAAUGAAAUAAAAACAGAUUAUAAAUAUAAUUGUAAAGAGAAAAGAUGGUGUGUAAGAUGUGUAAAGUUUUAAAUUGCAAUGAAAAAAUUAUUUUUUUAUUUUUUAAAAAAGAGUGAUGCAAUCAACGUUAGUCAUGAUACAGAGAAAAAGCCUCCAUUUUCUUCCUAAUUAUGAAUCAUGCUACAGGUCCCAUUGCUGUUAUCCUGUUGGCGACAUAUGCCCAGUUUAGGAAGAAGAUUGCCUGAGGGAAAAAAUUUUGGUUAAGACCGUCUGGUAUAUUCCUUAUUAUAGGAUGAAACUCAUUGAACCAGACUCAGUUCAUGACAUAAAGGAAAUUGGGCUGAGGACUUAGUUCAUAUGAAUGCCCACACCAACCCCCCGUCCCCCACACCACUGGGUCUUCUAAGACUUGAAAGGAAAUUCUGCAGAAUUUCAGAACAUGUUGGACAGUGGGAAGAUUUUGGGAGGACUGGCAAUGGGGGGGCACUUAGCCUCCUUGGAUGAACCAUAAUCCUCAGGCUCACAGAUUUCAUUUUGUUAAAGAGUAAGUUUCUAGCAUUUGUAGAACCUGAGACAUGAGACAGAAAAGGUACAGCAUGACUAAGCCGCUUCUGGCAAAACCAAAGAAGCGCACAGAAAUGCCAUUUACCUUCCCGCCGGAGCGGUACCUAUUUAUCUACUUGCACUUUGACGUGCUUUCGAACUGCUAGGUUGGCAGGAGCUGGGACCAAGCAACGGGAGCUCACUCUGUUGUGGGGAUUCGAAUCGCCAACCUUCUGAUCGGCAAGCCCAAGAGGCUCAGUGGUUUAGACCACAGGCUCACCCUAUUCAUACCCAAAUGUGCCCUUAAGGCAGGAUUUGUGAGCACAGAGACAAUGUGUCUCCGUUUCCAUCCAAACCGCAGAGGAAUAUUUGAGGUCACUGAAAGAGUCAAAAUGGCUUUAGGACUGUUUUCCUGUACUGUUUCAGACAUGUGGUUUAUGUAUUUAUGUAUGUGUUUGCCUGGUACAUUUAUGAACAUUUAUUUUAUAUUUUAGACCUUAUAAUUCUCAUAACAGUCUAUAUUAUUACAUGCACACAAUAGACUCCUUGGGGAAGGGCCAUGGCUCAGUGGUAGAGAAACAGGCUUUGUAUUUAUGGAUGAAGUGCGGCAUACAAAUUUAAUAAAUAAUAAUAAGAUUGGGACGCGGGUGGCACUGUGGGUUAAACCACAGAGCCUAGGACUUGCCGAUCAGAAGGUCGGCGGUUCGAAUCCCUGCGACGGGGUGAGCUCCCGUUCCUCGGUCCCUACUCCUGCCAACCUAGCAGUUCGAAAGCACGUCAAAGUGCAAGUAGAUAAAUAGGUACCGCUCUGGUGGGAAGGUAAACAGCGUUUCCAUGCGCUGCUCUGGUUCGCCAGAAGUGGCUUAGUCAUGCUGGCCACAUGACCCGGAAGCUGUACGCCGGCUCCCUCGGCCAAUAAAGCGAGAUGAGCGCUGCAACCCCAGAGUCGGCCACGACUGGACCUAAUGGUCAGGGGUCCCUUUACCUUUAAUAAGAUUAUUUCAAAACGAUGGUAAAUCCUUGUUUUAGGAGUACUUCUAGAACAGCAGGUCUAAAUGACACAGACUCCACACCAUGGUAUCUGGAUAAAUAGCUCACUGACCAUGUAAGAGUUUUCAAAACUAUUUGGGCAAAGAUGGGCAGCUCAACAAGAACACGUGGCAGGAAAAUUAUAUGGAGCACUCAAAUGUUAAUGAGUUUCUUCCAAGCAAAAGGUUAUAAUUUCAUCCCUGCUGUGCUUGACGUUUUUAAGGUUAAACCUUCAGUUCAAUAAUUUUAUGGGAUUCAGAUUUGGGCUGGAGCCAAUUCAUGCCCACUGGAAGUUGUACAGUCUGAAUUCUUCAGGCAAAUUUUCCCUGAACCAGGAUAUGUUUUGAAUGCAUCUUUAUGAUUUGACACAGAUCUCCCCUCCAUGUUCAUCCAGGCCUGGCUCAGGACAUUUAAAGAUAGAUACUGAAUGGCUUCCUUCCUUUAUUUCUGCUUCAUUUGCAUGAAAUCAGCUGGAUGAAAGCCAUCGGUUUAAGAUGACGCCCUUUGGACUUUUCACUAUAACAGUUAACUAAACUGAGGUCUCAACGAAGCAAAAGAUGUAAGGAGACAAUGCCUAUUUGAUAAUGAACAACAACCAGCCUGCAAUGAGAAAACUGUGCCCCUGGUAUGACUGUUUUCCAACUUCUCCAUACAAUGGCAUCUUAUCUACAGCAUCUAACUAUUCUAAAAUAUUGAAGAGCUCUCAGGUUCGCGGUUUUAAUGUGCCGCUCUCAGCAGUACUUGAGGGCUGUUUUAAGAGAACUCCUUUUCAGAAUCACAUGUGUUCAUGCAGAGAUGGUAAUACUGAAAUACCAGCUCCUGUAUUGCUGUUUUGCUCCUUUUGCAGAGAUUUGUGUGGAGAGUUAAUCACCCCAUUAUCAUCAUCUCACCCGUGGUGUUCAGCUGAUUCUUUAUGUGACUUUUCUCCUUGCAGAUCCAGAUAAGCCGGUGACUGCAAAGACUGCAAAUUUUCUAGCGGCAGCUGUUAAAAUAAGGGCCACAAUGAUGCUCUCUGAGUUUUAAUGUGUGUAAUUUUUAAUUUAAUGUUGCAGAUGAAUUUGCCUAUUUGGGCUCAUCUAUGUCACUUUGCACACAAAUCGCAAUGGCUGGGGGCUGGAUGGAAAUGCCUUUGAAAAAGCAAAGUGAAAUCAGACAGAUUUAUCUAGUUCGGCAGGGGGCAAUUUUAAUCAAGACCAGGCUGGGUGGGGGGUUAAAUUCUCCUCUCUAUGUGCCACCAUCCCAUACCCUGAUCAUGUUCCCCUGCUCCACAGUCACUAUUUAAGAAGAACUGAAAUCUUGACAUAUUCAGUGUAAUUAUGCAUUAAACAUCACAUCUCCUAGGGUUGCCAUAUGUCAGGAAUUUAUUGGACAUAGCCGGAAUACUGCAAUUGGAAGCAGUGUCUGGGCAGAAAUUGCUCAAAAUGUCCAAGAAAAUUUGGAUGUAUGGUAACCCGUGUUGGCAGUGUCGUUUCUAGCGAAUUCCCCUAAAAAUUGCAUUUUUGCCAAAAAAGUUCAACAACAACAACAACAACAAAACUUUUGUCUUCGGAUUUUUUUUUUUAAAUGAUAUUUAUUAAAAUUUCAAAGAAUACAAGAAUUACACAAAAACAAAGAAUAAAAAUACAAGAAAAUACAAAAUACAGAAAAAAGAAUAAAAAAACCCUUAUUAAGGUAUAACAAAGAAAUGAAAAAUAAAAAGAAACAUACAAAAUAAAAACAGUUAAAAGCACAUUAAUUUUCCAUAGCAUAUCUUCCUUACACUUAUUUUCCCGGACCUCCUCGUACCUCCCUUUUUUGUAUUCCAGUUCAGUUUGUUAGUUCAGCAAAUCCUUAUCAUUAAGCUUUUACCCAUUUGUAAACCUUUUUUCGUAUCUCUUAAAGCAUUACAGCUGGAAACCACUUAGUUUCUAUCCAACAUCCUUCUAAGAUUCAUUAAUUUUACAAUAUUUCUGUAAAUAGUCUUUAAAUUUCUUCCAGUCUUCUUUCACCGACUCUUCUCCCUGGUCUCGGAUUCUGCCAGUCAUUUCUGCCAAUUCCAUGUAGUCAAUCACCUUCAUCUGCCAUUCUUCCAGAGUGGGUAGAUCUUGUGUCUUCCAAUACUUUGCAAUGAGUAUUCUUGCUGCUGUUGUAGCAUACAUAAAAAAGUUCUGUCCUUCUUUGGCACCAAUUGGCCGACAAUGCCCAGAAGAAAGGCCUCUGGUUUCUUCAGGAAGGUAUAUUUAAAUACCUUUUUCAAUUCAUUAUAUAUCAUUUCCCAGAAAGCCUUAAUCUUUGGGCAUGUCCACCAAAGGUGAAAGAAUGUACCUUCAGUUUCUUUACAUUUCCAGCAUUUAUUAUCGGGCAAAUGAUAGAUUUUUGCAAGCUUGACUGGGGUCAUGUACCACCUGUAUAUCAUUUUCAUAAUAUUCUCUCUUAAGGCAUUACAUGCCGUAAACUUCAUACCUGUGGUCCAUAACUGUUCCCAGUCAGCAAACAUAAUAUUAUGUCCAACAUCUUGUGCCCAUUUAAUCAUAGCAGAUUUCACCGUUUCAUCCUGAGUAUUCCAUUUCAACAGCAAGUUAUACAUUCUUGACAGAUUCUUAGUUUUGGGUUCUAGCAGUUCUGUUUCUAAUUUUGACUUUUCCACCUGGAAGCCAAUUUUCUUAUCCAAAUUAUAUGCCUCCAUUAUCUGAUAGUAAUGAAGCCAAUCUCUCACUUUGUUUUUAGUUUUUCGAAACUCUGCAAUCUCAAUUUAUCUCCUUCUUGUUCCAAAAUUUCCCAAUAUGUCGGCCAUUUGGCCUCCAUAUUGAGCCUUUUCAGAGCUUUUGCUUCCAUUGGUGACAGCCACCUUGGGGUUUUAUUUUCCAAUAAAUCUUUAUAUCUUAUCCAGACAUUAAACAAUGCUUUCCUGACAAUAUGAUUUUUGAAUGCUUUGUGUGCUUUGACCUUAUCAUACCAUAAAUAUGCAUGCCAUCCAAAUACAUUGUUAAAACCUUCUAAAUCCAAAAUGUCUGUGUUUUCAAGAAGUAGCCAUUCUUUCAACCAGCAAAAAGCUGCUGAUUCAUAAUAAAGUUUAAAGUCUGGCAGGGCAAAUCCACCCCUUUCCUUUGCAUCUGUUAGUAUCUUAAAUUUUAUUCUGGGCUUCUUGCCCUGCCAGACAAAUCUAGAAAUAUCUCUCUGCCACUUCUUAAAACAGUCCAUCUUGUCCACAAUUUGCAAUGUCUGAAAUAAAAACAACAUUCUCGGCAAUACAUUCAUUUUUAUCACAGCAAUGCGGCCCAACAAUGAAAGUUUCAAAUUUGACCAAAUUUCUAAGUCUUUUUUCACUUCCGUCCAACAUUUUUCAUAAUUAUCUUUAAAUAAGUUCCCAUUUUUGGCUGUCAUAUUAAUCCCCAAGUAUUUCACUUUCUUUACCACCGUCAAUCCUGUCUCAUUCUGAAACCUAUCUCUUUCAAUCGGUGUUAAAUUUUUCUCUAAAACCUUAGUUUUUAACUUGUUCAAUUUAAAACCUGCCACUUGACCAAAUUCUUGAAUUAAUUCUAAAACCCUUUUAGUACUAGAUUCUGGCUCCUGUAACGUCAAUACUAAGUCAUCUGCAAAUGCUCUCAGUUUGUACUGUUUGGCUCCGACCUGUAUACCUUUAACCAACCGGUCCCUUCUAAUCAUGUUUAGCAAAACCUCCAGGACCGAUAUAAAAAGCAGUGGGGAGAUUGGGCACCCCUGUCGUGUCCCUUUUUCUAUCUUAAAUUCUUCCGUGACCACAUUAUUUACAAUUAAUUUGGCCUUUUGUUCAGAAUAUAUUGCACCUAUACCAUUUUCAAAACCUUGGCCUACCCCCAUCCCAUGUAGGUUCUUCUUCAUAAAACUCCAAGAGAUAUUGUCAAAAGCUUUCUCCGCGUCCACAAAUAUCAAAACUGCUUUAGUGUUUAUAUUCACUUCUAAUUUUUCCAAAAUAUCAAUUAUAUUCCUCAAGUUAUCAGACAAGUGUCUUCCCGGGAGAAAGCCCGCUUGGUCUUUAUGGAUCUCUUCCAUCAAUACUAUUUUCAAUCUCUUGGCCAAAAUAUCUGCAAAAAUUUUGUAAUCCACAUUAAGUAACGAUAUAGGGCGGUAGUUCUUAAGCUGGGUCUUUUCAGACUCUGUUUUCGGUAUAAGUGUAAUAUAUGCCUCUUUCCACGAUUCUGGCGCCCUUUUCCCUUCCAAUAUUUCAUUGCAGACUUCCUUCAAAGGUUGCAAUAACCACUCUUUCAAAGAUCUGUAGUAUCUAGAAGUCAGCCCAUCCGGUCCUGGAGAUUUGCCCAGUUGCAUAUUUUGUAUGGCACCUUGUACUUCCUGUUCAGAUAUUUUAUAGUUCAACAUUAAUUUACUUUCUUGAGAGAUUUUUUGUAAUCCAUUUGUCUUCAAAAAUUGGUCUAUGUCCAUUUCUUUCUGUGGCCCUUGUGUGUAUAAUUGUUUAAAGUACCUCUGGAAGCAAUUUCUAAUCUAAAUUGGGUUAUGUAUACUCUUUCCUUCCACUUCUAAGUUUGUAAUGGUAUUUAAUUUUUGUCUUUUUUUCAUUUGCCAGGCCAACAAUUUCCCACAUUUGUUAGCUGAUUCAAAUGUUUUUUGUCUCAUUUGUUUAAUUUUCCAUUCUAUUUCCUGAUUCAUCAUUUCCAUAUAUUGUACUUGAUACAAUUUUAUUUCUCUCAAAAUCUCCUGGGACUUUGGUUUUGCUCUCAAUUUCUUCUCACCUUCUUUUAUUUUCUCCAAAAUUUUAUCUUUCUUCUCAUUUUGACUUCUCUUCUUUAUUGCAUUCUGUUGUAUCAGAAACCCUCUCAUGACAGCUUUGCUUGCGUCCCAGAUUACUCUUUUUUCUACGCUGGUAUUCAUAUUUAUUUCAAAGUAGUCUCUCAAAGUUUUUUUGGGGCCUUUUUAUACACUUCUUCAUCUCUAAAUAAGGUGUCAUUCAUCCUCCAUCUGAAGGAUCCGGUUGUUAUUUGUUUCAUCUCCAUCCUUACAGCGUUAUGGUCAGAGCAGGUUUUUGGGCAGAUUUCUACUUUCUUUAUCUUUGGUGCCAUUCCUCUAGUUAUCCAUAUUUGGUCAAUUCUAGUCCAUGUCAUCUUGGCUUCAGAAAAGAAGGUUCCCUCUCUUCCCAGGGGGUUCUUUACUCUCCAGAUGUCCACUAAGUCCAUGUUGUCUGUCAUCUCAAAGAAUGUUUUCGGUAAUCUACCAUCCUUGGUAACUACCUGUCUUUGUGCCUUGUCCAUAUUUGUAGAUACUACUCCAUUCAUGUCCCCCUUCAAGAUCAAAUUGUAAUCCAAAUAAUCCAGUAAAAUCUCAUGCAACUUUUUAUAGAAUUCAGAUUUCCCCUCAUUCGGUGCAUAAAUUCCUACAAUCAAAAAUUUCUCUCCUUGUACUUGAAUUUCAAUUGCCAAAAAUCUUCCUUGGUCGUCUUUAAAGAUAAAUUUCGGUGAUAGUCUCUCCUUUGCAUAAAUCACAACUCCUCUUUUUUUUACUUUGUCAGAUGAAACAAACUCCUGUCCCAAUCUUUUAUUAAUCAGUAACUUCCUAUGUGCCCUUGUUAUAUGUGUUUCUUGUAAACAAAUCAAGUCCAAUUGUUCUUUUUUAUCUUUUUUAUGUUCUGUUAUCAACACCACGCUCUAACCAAAUGAGGACAGGUUAAAAAGACAUUUUCCAGGCUGUUCAGAAUAUACACCUAUUGCCAAAACACUUGGGAAUGUAUCUGCCACAAGGAGAGGCUUGGCCCCCCUGCCCCAGAUCCAUUUGAGACAAAUCCUGCAUCACUGAUGCUCAAACAACCAUCCCCAGUGACCCAUUGCUUGCCCAACCCGUCAUCAUGUAUUUCACUAUUCAUGGCCCAUCGGCUUUGCAAAACUGAUUGCAAAGCAUAACCACUUCUGCUUUUUGCAGGUAUUUAUUUCUGGCAAACCUUCUCCCUGGCAUUGCUAUUCUGAUCAGAGAGCAGGUCAGGUUCAUUGGCAGAAGGACUCCUGGCGAGGGUUUGGGUGAACACUACAGCCAUUGUAAGCAGGUAAGAAUAUUUUUCUUCUUGUUGAAUACAAAAUUCUGCCAAAACAUAAGAAGCUUUAGAAACCAUCGUUUUCAGAGGGCUGAGACCAAAAGGACUUUGGAAGUGCAUAAUGUUGGCUGUGUUUAACUCUCAUUGAAUUUGCUUUCUUAUUCCUACAUCAUUUCUUUUCUUAAUUAGUGGUGGCUCUUCAGCUUAGUCAGGUGGGAUAUCUCAGCGCUUAAGCCUGUUAGUUGUUUUGGAAUUUCCUGGUUAUAUGACAAGCAAUUUCAUAAUGUCGCAAAAGAGGCCUGUCUUGUUGUAUGACGCUCCUGCCCUCUCACUAGAGGGAAUCCUAUUGAAUGAUAUUUUCAUUUUGACUCAUGCCCUUGCUGUUAGUAUAUGCAAGGUUUAUAAAUCACACAGGAUUCUGUACCACAGAUAAUGCUGAAGAGUUUUGUGUAACUGACCCCCACCUCUACCCCACCUGUAAGAAUAGGAAGGGUGCAUAUCUAUUUUGAUUAAUAGUACUGAAACAGGAUUAGAGACAGAUCUAAUUUUGGGGGGAAAACUCAGGUGGCAGUUUUGAAAGCUCUCACAUGUAUAAUUGCAGAACUUUUGAAAUCUCUCACAUGUAUAAUUGCAGAACUUUGAAAUGCCCAUGAAGAACUUUAUGUUCUAGGAAGAGUGUUGUGUGGUUUGAGUUGGCUGUAUGGCAUUUACAGUACAACCCAAGCAGGGUUACUCAACUUCCGUUUAAUGAGACUUAAGUCUACGAUCCAUUCACAUUUCCCUAGGCGCAUGUCCCCACAAACCCACAAAGGUUUACUGUUCCUCAUAGAUAUGCACAGGAUGCUGUGGGUUGUAUCUGACAAUAGCCCUACUCAGAUAAGACCCUGGAGUCAAAGGGUUCAAAUCUAUUAAUUCUGAUCAGCUUACUCUGAGUAGGACCAACAAGGGAUACAAUGUUGUGUACGGAAUUGCUGCACAACAGGGAAAUGAAUGGUAAGGAGAGGAAUUUGAAUGGGCAAAUUAAGCUUGCUUUAUGAGAAGGCAUUUUGGGGUGUUUGUCUUAGUAACCUAUCACUCUGGUUCCUCUCUGCUUUCCUGUAUAACAUGGUGGUCACCAGUGAGUCUUUAUAAUGAAAAAAUAAAGGGAAGAGAGAGAGAGAGAGAGAGAGGAAUUAUGGGAGUUCCCAGACUGGUUAUUUAUUGGACACUCAGGCUAUGCUUGCCCAGAGCUUGCAUGUUGCUGGAGGUUCUGUGACAUCACCAGUUUACAGAGCAUUGAUCCUGAUCUGUCCGGGCAACAGUUACAUGGCAUGGCCAGCUAAAGUUUGUCAACCUGCACCUUCCAGUUUCAAUUACCCAUCACUUUUCUAUGGGACUUUUGUGCUGUUUGUAUGCACCAUAUUUGGUCGUUAUCCCAUGUUUUCUAGCGCAAUGAUUCCUUCGCUUUUCUCAUCACAAAAAGGCGAAGGAAUAUUUGCAAUGGAGAAUGUGGGAUAAUGACCACAUAUGAUGCACACAAACAGCCCAUCUGCAAGUGCCCUUUGACUAGGAAUGUUGACAUUCCUUCACCUGACCCCCGGGGCAUCUAAUAGUGGCUGCCUGCUCUGUGACUGCAUUGGGGGCGCUUUAGUAUUACAAAACCCAAAAAGUCAGGGCAAGAAGAAAAUAUUGGUUUAUAAAACUAUAUGUGCUGUGGAGAAAGUGACUAGAGAAUUUUUCUUUUCAUCCUCUCUUGCCAAUGCUAGAACUCAGGGCCAUCUAAAGAAGCUGUACCUUGAGAAAUUCUGGACGGACAAAAGGUUCCUCACAAUGCACAUAGUUAAACUAUGAGGUUCGCUACCCCAAGAUGUGGUGAUGAUCACCAGCUUCAAUGGCUUUAAACGGUGCUUUUUUCUGGGGGGACGCAGGGGGACGCGUACCCCUAAACAUUUUGUGAAUCUAACAAGAGAAAAAACUUUUUUAAAAAAAACCACACCAAAAACGUUUCUUCUCUAGAACGGUGAAUUGUCAGUUCUGUUGUUACCCCGAUGCAUGUUCUUUGUACUUCUGUCCAUUUACUGUAUUUAUUUCCCCCGAUUUGAACUAUAUCAUUCUAAUUUUCUUGAGUCAAAAUGAGAGUACCCCUCAACAUUUUUUAAAGAAAAAAACAAACCACUGGCUUUAAAAGUGAAAUGGACAAAUUUAUGGAUAAGCCUAUCAGUGGCUGCUAGGCAUGUUGUCAGUUUGUAUCUGGACCCAGUUGAAGCUCCACACGUUCGUGUUUAAAGCCCUUCAUGACUUUGACCUGAAAGACUUCUUCCUUCCCUACAGACCCUCUUAGCUCUGAAGAGCAAGGAAGGGAGCCAUCUUGGUUGUUCCACCAUCCUCAGAAGCUCAGGGUGGUGGUGGCCCAGGAGAGGGCAUUUUUGGUGGUGGCCCCUAAGUUGUGAAACUCCCUCCCCAGAGCUGCCUCUGGCACCUUCAUUAUUACAGCUUUCUUCAAAUGCUGAAGAGGCCCCUGUUUACCCUGGCUUUUGACAUCUGAGGUGUAUAUUUCUAGGAUCCACCUUAUUUCUGAGUUUUAAGUGGAUUAAAAACUGUUUUUAAUCUUGUGUUUUAAGGCUGCAACUUACCCUUGAAUGCCGGUUGUUGGAGAGCAACAGUGGGCGUCGGCAUUUGCACUCACAUCCUGCUUAUGGGUUUGGCAACGGCAUCUGGGUGGGCACUGUGAGAAACAGGAAGGUGGAGAAGCAUCCACUGGUCUGAUCCAGAGUAUGACUCAGUGAUUUCUCCACCACUUUCAAUCACUUCCUAUCACGUACAGCCACAGAAGAGCAUUGGGUGCGCUUUAGGUCAAUUUCUCCAGUAGGAACUACUUGGUGUGGUUCAGAUGUUGUAAUAUUUAGUUCUCUCAGUUCAAUAAUGCAUACACUCCAACAUUUAUCUGAUGAAAAUAGGGACAUCCUUAAUAAUAAUGAUAACAACAACAACAACAUACCUUGGUUUUUGGACGUCUCCACUGCCAAACGUUUCGGUUUUCAAACGCCAAAAACCUGGAAGUAAAUGCUUCCAUUUUUGAACUUGCCUUGGAAGUCGAACGGCUUCCGCUGCGUAUAUCAGUUGUUUUUCACAAUUCUAUCUAUUGAAUUGGCAGACCGCACCUCAGUUUUCGAACGCUUUGGAAAUCAGUCUUCUGGAAUGGAUUAUGUUCGAAAACUGAGGUACCACUGUACUUUUAUUAUUUAUCCCUCAUCUACAGUGGUACCUCUGGUUACAUACUUAAUUCAUUCCAGAGGUCUGUUCUUAACCUGAAACUGUUCUUAACCUGAGGUACCACUUUAGCUAAUGGGGCCUCCUGCUGCCACUGCACUGCCGGAGCACGAUUUCUUUUCUCAUCCUGAAGCAAAGUUCUUAACCCGAGGUACUAUUUCUGGGUUAGUGGAGUCUGUAAACUGAAGCGUAUAUAACCUGAAGCGUAUGUAACACGAGGUACCACUGUAUAUGACUGGUUGUUUAUUGAUGACACAUGAUAUGUUUGCCCAGCGCUUGCAUAUUGCUGGAGGUUCUAUGACAUCACCAGUUUACAGAGCAUUGAUCCUGAUACGUCCGGGCAACAGUCACAUGGCAUUGCCAGCUAAAGGUUGUCAUCCUGCACUUUCCAGUUUCAAUUACCCAUCACUUUUCCAUGGGACUUUUGUGCUGUUUGUAUGCACCAUAUCUGGUCAUUAUCCCAUGUUUUCUAACACAACGAUUCCUUCACUUUUCUGAUCACAAAAAGGCGAAGGUAUCUUUGCAAUGGAAAAUGUGGGAUAACAACCAAAUAUGAUGCACACAGACAGCCCAUCUGCAAGUGCCCAGUGACUAGGAAUGUUGACAUUCCUUCAUCUGACUCCCAGGGGCAUCUAAUAGUGGCAGCCUGCUUUGUGACUUUGUAAAUACUACUACUACUACUACUACAGUGGUACCUUGGUUCUCAUAAUUAAUCUGUUCUGCAAAUCCAUUCCAAAAUCAAAGCAUUCUAAAACCAAGGUGUGCUUUCCCAUAGAAAGUAAUGCAGAAUGGAUUAAUCCGUUCCAGACUUUUAAAAACAACCCCUAAAACAGCAAUUUAACAUGAAUUUUAUGAUCUAAUGAGACCAUUAAUCCAUAAAAUGAAAGCAAUAAUCAAUGUACUAUAGUAUAAAAUAAAUAAGACAGUCUUGUAGAUGAUAAAAAUUAAAAUUACUUUUUUUUCUUACCUGCACUGAUGACAGUCAUUGUUUGGACGGGGGGCUUUUCUCCAUUUCCACAUACAAUUAAUCAAUCAGUAGCUGAACUGGGUUCCACACAGUCAUAAAAACAAAUUAACUGAAAAAGCCUCAAAAACAAAAACACAAAAUAAAUAGCAAAAACAAAAGCGCCAAACUUAAUCCGUUCCGGAAGUCAGUUUGACUUCCAAAAUGAUCGAAAACCAAGGCACAGCUUCUGAUUGGUGAAGGUGCCCCAGAAACAAUAGCCGACAGCCACAUUGGAUAUUCAACUUCCAAAAAACAUUUGAAAACCAGAACCAAGGUGUUUGAGUACCAAGGUGUUUGAGAACCAAGGUACCACUGUAAUAAUAAUAAUAAUAAUAAUAAUAAUAAUAAUAAUAAUAACAAUUCUGUAAUUUAUCCCUCAUCUAACGGACUGGGUUGCCAAUGAGGCUUUUAUUGGGUUAUUGUAAUUGAAAGCUAAUAAAAAUUAUUAUACGAAAAUGGGAUCACGUAUGACUGUCCAGAGAGCACAAUGAGCACAAAUCAUCAUAAAUGCACGGGGGGGGGGGGGGAGGAUGUCUGGAGGGGCCCUGAAAAAAAUACGCUCCUCAUUGUCUUCUGAAAUAUGAACCAGACAAGUUAUUUGUGUGUUGGGUAUUUAAAUCUUUCAAAUAAAUGAGUCAAUACUUCAAUGUGGCAGCACCUAGGCUUUGGCACUCCAUGCCUGAUAGAAUCAUAAAAUACUAGAGUUCGAAGGGACCCUGAGGGUCAUCUAGUCCAACCCCCUGCAAUGCAGGAAUCUUGACUAAAGCAUUCAGGACAGAUGGCCAUCUGACUUCUGCUUAAAGACCUCCAAGGAUAGAGAGUCUACAACCUCUCCGGGGAAGUCUGUUCCACUGUCCAAAAGCUCUUACUUAGGGCUGGCAACCUCUGGUAUUAGAUGCCCACUAAAACCUUUGUUGUUGUUGCAGCAAGUCUAUCCAGACUCAUAAUUAUAAGUUACACAUCUUCGUUUUUAACUUUUUGCUCACACCAUCCAUGUAAUGUUCAUAACUAUGUUAUAUUACUUUCUCCACACUCCUUAGAUAUCAUCAUCAUCAUUAAGUGCUUUAUAUUUUUCUAUGUAGAAAUAAAAUCAUUAAAACAGGCUGAGAGUGGCAUAGUUCCCAAAUUAUUCGAAAGCAGACCCAUUCUUUCUGAAUUCACUUUUCCUGCUUGUUCUUUCAGUUUCUUGGGCUCCUUUCCAGCAGAGGGACAAAGAGCGUUUGGAAGGAGACGCAAGAUGAGUUAUCUCCUUGGAGCCUUCAUUUUCGGACUGCUUUCAACCUGCCUGCAAUGGGAAGGUAAAGAGAAGACUGAAAGGGCAGAGCUAUGGGGACAACGCAGGGGGCUCAUCCAUGCUUCCUCUAGUCCCGCUUCUUCUUGCCAGGAAAAACUGCUCUUUAGCGUUCAAUUGGAGCAUAUGGCAAUUCGAGUUUUAUCUGGAUUGAUGUUUGCUCCCAUUUAGCACUAAAGAGUGGAGAAGGAGCAGGGCAAGUGGAAAUGUGGAUAAACCCAGAGUCUACACCCUGAAAUAUCCAGUCUUUUCCAGUAAUGGGGGACAGGGAGGAGUGGGUGUUCUGGAAGAGGCUGAUGGAGUUUCUUAUUGUCUCCUCCACACAGGUGCUCAGUGCCUUCCAGGGUACAACCUGACGGUCCCUCCUGAAGUGAGAGUACAGGAGGGGUUCUGUGUCGUCAUCCCCUGCAAAUUCACUUACCCAGCAUCGACUGACACCAGUGGUGUUGAAUUGCAUGGAUAUUGGUAUACCGUAGGCAGCAGCACUUCCGAUUAUGCAGUGGCCAGCAAUGAUAGGAGGAAAUAUAUAGAAUACUUCGCUCGCACUCGCUUCCUUCUGUCAGGGGACUUGGAACAAGGAGACUGUUCCCUCACCAUCAACGAUGCCCGCAAAAGCUCCGAUGAAAGAGCAUACUAUUUCAGAAUAGAGAAAGGCACAAUAAGAUUUAGCUACUCAGAUUUACCUACAUUAGUGAAAGUGGCAGGUGAGUGGCUGGAAGGAUGCCCGGCUCUCUGCUGUCUGUCUGUCUCUCUGCCCCUGAGCCUUUGGGUGAAGGAACCUGUCUCAGCACUCUUGCCCUCACCGCCAACACGGCUAGAGCGACCUCGCCCUGCCUCGGAGCCAAGCAAGGCUGUAGUGCCUGCCCAUUCAUGCAGGCGGAGCCCAGCCAGAUGAACUGGCACUUGUCGGGUGCAAAGAAGGUGUCUGGCACCCCCAGUGUGGCCCAGCGCUGUGCUCCUCUCUGCAAGCAUUGGUAUCACCUACGCUGGGAGAGAAGCACCAGGAAAUUAAAACCUUCUGUGUAUGAACCAACACAUCUACCUGUGCUUAAAGCCCCCCAAUUAAUCUAACCCGUUAAGACAGCUUGGGAAAACACUUGGCUUUGCAAGAAUUUUCUGUAUUUCUUCCAGAGUACUGGAAAAAGCCCUUGAGAUUCUGAGCAUUGUUUGCUGUUAUACAGUUGUACCUUGGUUCUGGAAUGCCUUGUGACUCGGACGUUUUGGCUCCCAAAUGCCGCAAACCUGGAAGUGAGUGUUCUGGUUUGCAAACGUUCUUUGGAACCUGAACGUCCGAUGCAGCUUCUGAACGUUUUGGAAGUCGAACAGACUUCCGGAACGGAUUCUGUUCGACUUCCGAGGUACCACUGUAUUCUAAUGGAUCAUGGAAUAUUGCUUUAUUUGAUAUAAGUUAGAGUUGCCAUACGUCCAGGAUUUGGUCAUCGGAAACAGUGCCCAGGUGGAAAUCACUGGAACGUCUGGGAAAAUCUGGAUGUAUGGCAAGCAGUGUUGGAAGUGUAUAUUUUGUUGAAUUUUCAUAAAAAUAGCUCAACAACUUUGACAAAGUUUCACUUCCUGAAAUAUGGCAACCCUAAUAAAAGUUGUUAGUUUUAAAGUUAUGUUCUUAUUAUGACUUUUUCCAUUGGAUCAGAUUAUUAUGUGUGUGAUCUUUGCGGUCUACUUUGUUGUUUCUUCAGCUUGUAAACUGCCUUGCGUAUAGUAAUAUAGAAAGUAUAUGAAUUAAAAAUGAAAAUGAAAUGGAACAGAGAGCUCACACCCACUUCUGUCUUUCCCAUGCCUGGAAAGCAUGUAUCUGAGUGGUUUUCUGCUUGUUCCAUAUUUUCUAGGAGGGCUCUGAGUGGCUUUGCCUUGACCCCACCACUCCGCCCCAGAAAGCAUGCUCUUCUGCAUUAAAUCAGAACAAAGGGCAAUCUGGGGGCAACCUGCUUGCCAUUUGUUCUGAAUCAGUGCUAAAUAGUGGGUUUUCCUGGGAGAAAGUGGUGGGGAAAACGCAAGUGUGGAUGAGCUCAAAUGCUCACUGAAAAAAGACUGACUCUCCAUGUUGGUGCAUCCCUCAGCCCAUUCUUCUGCCCAUGGAAUUAGCAAAGCUCCUUUCCCCACUCAUCACUUAUCAGCCCCCAUUUCCAUGCCCCUUUUCUUGCUCAAAAUACUCUGCAUUGCCAUAAAAGUGCUCUGAAUUCCAGAGCUGUGCAGAUAAGGAUGCAUGUCAAGUCUCCAACAGAACUAUUAUAGCAAAGGAUCAUGGCUUUAAAGAGCAACAACAAAUUAUCAGAAACCCAUUAUCUCUUUUUCUGAAGUGACGCCAAUGGCCAUCACAAAUAUAAGGCUGGUUGAGGUUGCGAUAUACUUAUGCAUCUUCUUUCCCAUAAAUCCAGAGAAACCUGAAAUACAGAUACCGGGAAAGCUUCGGGCAGGACAUCCAGUGAAUAUCAGUUGUACAACCCCAGGAAGUUGUUCUUCGCAGGUGGGCCUCACCUGGGGAGGUGUUUCUGUAGCCAACACAUCAAGGACCACAAGUGAGCAGACAAAUGAAAUCAAGGUUUACAGUACCUUCAUACCCUCAAUUGCAGACCAUGGCCAGAAUCUCAUCUGCAAUGCCAGCUACAACCAAGGGACCCAUCCUGUGCAAACAGAGGAGAGGAUCCAGUUGGACGUCAGCUGUGAGUGACUCUGGGUGUUGUUGCUGUUGCUGUUGCUGCUGCUGCUGCUGCCGUUUUAAAGACUAAACUUCUAAUCUAGCUGAGCUGGAACUGAAAUGACUUGGGGGAAAGGCUUGUUAAGGAAACUCUAGCUCAAUUUUGCCUAGAAGAGUUGUGAGCCAUGACGCUUACUCUCUUGCCUCUGAGGGCAGGUCUGUUGUCUGGCUUUUGCCCCUGGGCACCCCUUUUGUGGGGUACCACUUCCUCUUGUUAUGUUUCAGGAAGAGUGAGGCCACCUGAGACAGCCCAGCGUGCUUAACUAUGAGUUAAUUACAGUCACGAGCUAAUUCAAAGCAAAACUAUGAAGCAGACAAUCUGAGGCAAGGCUAGAGAAGCAUAAAGCGUUAGCGUGUAUCUCAGUUUGUCAUUUGAGGCUAGCUCCUUCUGUGUCCAUUACUUAGUGGAACAGCAACUGGCUAUUGCCUGGAAACAGUGCGGUCUCCAUCGGAUCAAUGGGCUGCAAAAGUGGGGUAGAGCAACUUGAGUUCAGUAGGGCGGGCAUGGAGCAUUCUGCAAUAGAAAACCACUGACGCUGAAAAACACAGGAAGACACAACAUUGCCAUCAGGACUGGCUUUGCCACAGGUAUGGGCAACCAGCAGCCCCCCAGAUGUUGGUGGCAUCUAUCUCCCUUUAGCCCCAACCAGCAUGACCAGUGGUGAGGAAUGGUGGGAGAUGGAGUCCAUAAAAAUCUGGAAGGCCACAGGAUCCCCAUGCCUCCUCUAUAGUGCCUACGACACAUUUUUUUGGGGGGGGAUUAGAAGUACCCCACUUUAUAUGGCAAGGCUCACCAUAACUUCCAGCUGGAAGGAACAGAAUGCUGGAGAAUGUCACUUUUUUGGUCUUCUAAACCAGCAAUGUCAUCAGCAUGCAAAGUACCAGACAGGAAAAUGGCCAUGGAUGUUGGUCAUCUGUUGCAGAGAGGGGAACCACCAGCCCACCCAGGUUAACUACAACUCCCAUCAGCCCCAGCCAGCAUGGCAGAUGCUUAGGAAUGAUGGGAAGUGCAGUGUGACAUCUGGAAGGCAUCAGGUUCUCCAUCUCUGUGCAAUAAUGAUCAGAGGACAAAGUGGCAAAACCUUGACUGGGUGGGCAGAUGAAGCAGGUUGGAUGUGGCCCCCAAAGGUCUUUACAGAGAAAGAUACCUGUGAAUGCAAUAUCCUAGGAUUAGACUCUCUCCCAGCCUUUGCUAAAUCCCCACUUGACAGGGCCACUCCCUCACAAGGCUUGUGCUUGCCUUUUACAGACCCACCGAUGCUGUGGUUCAGUGGGAUAAUUGAACGUCCUGGUGAAAGUAAGUAUUUUACGUAUUUGUUAGCCAUUAAACAGACCAUGAAAAUAAAGAUAGCUGCUAAGCCAUGGUAGCCACAGCUCCUUGGAGCAAGCAGCACUAAAUGUAUGUGGGUCUAUUUGUGUGUGGAUUUUGCUUGUUUUUUAAACACGGACUCUUCAAUGGAUAAGUGUCAGGAUGCUGUCAGCAUCCUUCAAUGGAUAAGUGUCAGGAUGCUGUCAGGGGCUGUUGGCUGGUUGCCCAGGAAAGUACAAAGACGAGGAAAAGUUUCUUGCAGUCCUUUUUUAUUUCAAUCUUUACGGAGUGAGGCUCUAGAACCCAGCCUCUUGGAUGAUGGCGUUGUCCCAAAUGAAUCUCCACCCCCUUUCUCUCCCACUUCCUCAUUCGUCAUCAUCAUCACUUCCUUUAUGGGUGCUGCUAAGCGCCCUCUGUCUUCGAGCUCUUUGCUCUCCUACUUUCAAGGCUUGCCGGGUUCUGGGAGAUGGUGGGUCUGGAAUGUGAUAACGUAUCAGCCAGCUGCUGCUGCGGCUCUGCCUCCUCCUCUCCCAUUAUUUCCCAACUUUCCCCUUCAUCUGCCUCUGAGCUGCGACCUCCCUCAAACCCCUGUUGUAAAUCUAUACUGUCUUCCUCUUCCUCCUCCCUGGAAGGGUCAGGAUGGGGAGGCAAUCUCCACAACUCCUCAUCCUCUGCCCAGUCCCUGACAAUAAGGUUCUACCAGUGGCAGACCUUGGCAUCUCAAAUUUCGGUGGUGUUCUGUGUGAUGCCAAAAUCCAACACACCCCCCCCCCACCUCUCACCUUCACUUGGAUGUCAUAGCUACAUCGCCUACUCUGGUCCCCUGGAAGCUCAGUGCUCAGUACAACCGCACUGGUCACGUUACUCUAGAUCCACUUUUGGUUGCGUACCUUGAAAGUAAACACUGCCCAGUAAAUAAGAUGUUACACUUGAGGAGCAAAGGAGAGUGAUGCUUUGCCCCAAGGCAGGCAUAUGUCCCUAGUUGAUGACUGAGUCCACCUUGAGGAGCAGCGUUACUGCUCCCACAUGGAUCAGAAGCACCACCAGUGCCAUUUUCCUAGAAAAAGAGGUGCCAGAACUCACCAUGAACAUUCUCUUAGAAUGGCAAUGGUGCCCACCUGAGAGGUGCCGGAACUGAGUUCCGGGGAGUUCCUCAGAAAAAGAGCCCUGAGCACCACUCAUGUUAAUGAGGAAUCAAUUCUUCAGUUUUGUGGGCCCAGCUCAUCAGAACUUCCUCCCUGUGGAAACCAGAUAGGCAUCAUCCCUGUUAUAUUUCAGGUGCCUGGUUCAAAUGGUUUUUUCCCCCAGUAGGCUUUGCUCCAUGAAUGUUGCUGUGAUGUUUCAAUCUCCUGAUGUUUCAAUCCCUCAUGUUCAGUUUAUGUUUUAGAUGGUGUAAAUAUUGUAUGCUUUUUAUUUCGUGAACCACUUUGGGACCUAGAUAGUGAAAAGUGGGACCUGAAUUUUUUAAAAAUAGUUCGACUCUCACUUCUACCAUGGAUCCUUUGUUUGUCAUUGGGCGCUGCAAACACCCAGCCUUUGUUUCCUGUCUGCAAAAUGGGGAUUUAGAAGAUUUGGCAGCCCAACCAUUAUUUGAAACAUUGUCCACCUCUGACAAGCAAGCUGCCAUCUCUUUAUUUUGUGUUGCAUCUGGAGGUGGUUGAAUAAGAACUGUUUUCUUUGACUGGGAUGGGAGGGCGGCCAGACCAGAAGCUUGAUAACCGCUGUGCCAUCCCACUGUCCUGUUUGGAAUCUUGCAGGUCAGAGAAACUUCACAGAAGUUUCCCAUAUCGAAGUCCAGGAAGGUGACUCCAUCACGUUGUUCUGCAGGAUAAAGAGCAACCCUUCAGCCAAUGCGGCCUGGGUGACAAAAUCAAAAAAGACCACUGGUUGGCAAUCCUCCAGAACCAAUAUCCUGACAAUUUCGAAUGUGAAGUUGGCGGACAAAAAGGGAUACAAAUGCCGUGCAUCAAACACAGAGGGCGAGACUGAUGCCACCUUCCAGCUCUAUGUAGCAUGUAAGGAAGACAAAACUGGGGUUCAUGCAGUGGGGUGUUGCUGAGAGAUAAAACCUUCCAAGGAGAUGCAGACACUGUAAAGGAUAUUAUUGGGAAUGUUGGGGAUGACUCUGGAACUCCUUGCUACAACGGGGCAUUGUUAUGGCAAAUAUGGGGAAUUAGCUAAGUAUAUUGCUGCAAAAGACAUCAGGUUGCACCAGGAAACCUCUUCCUGCAUGACGAGUGCUAUUGGGGUUUGCUCCUGUGCAUUUCCCAGGUGAUGGAAUCACCCUUUGAAUUUCCCCACUCCAUGCCAGGAAAACUUCAUACAGGCCUUGGUUACAUACGUGGGGCUUGUCCACACUCCCGCUUGUCUCGUGCCUAGAAUACAUGGGUCUGAGUGGUUUUCCACUUGACCCAUGCUUUGUAGGGACAGGUCUGAGUGCAUACUCUCCCAUGAAAAUCAUGGGAGCAUCUUUUGAUGCUGCGCUGCCACGCAAGUUAGCUGGUUCACAAAGGAGCAUUUUUGGGUGCCAUGCUCUUACAGGAGCCAGAUGACUCGCAUGAGAGCACAACACCACUACAAGUGCCCGCUGUAAGCACCGACUCACCCUCCUUCCUGCCGCUUGGGGGCGGCACUAGAGGGGGUGGGAAUGGGACAUUCCAGGAUCAAAUCGGAAGCUGGGAUGGCUUCUGUAAUUGUGGGAUGUCAAGGGGAAAUUGCAACACUUGAAGGGCAUGUGAGAGGUUUUCCCUUGGCCCUCUCCUUUCCAGGGAAAACCCAUUCUUUAGUGCUAAAUUGGAGCAAACGUCAAUUCAGAGAAAACCCAAAUUGCCAUUUGCUCCAAUUGCAUGGUUAAGAGCUCUUUCCCCCAGGGGAUGCAGAGGGACAAGAGUAAGUGUGGAUUAGCCCAGAGGCUCUCUAUUCCCGCCACACAGAAAAAUCUCAGGGCUCACAGAUCUGAUUUUGCUUUCUUGGUCACAUUUUGGGAAUUACUGGCCUAGCAGAGGGAAUUUGCCUCUCUUGAUCUCAAAGUGAAAAAGAAAAAUAGCUGCUAGGGCCACAAAUGCAGCCAGAGUGAUGUAUCUGGGCCAGAAACCAUAUUGAGGUGGGUCCAGGAAAUGAAUGGCUCAAGUUCAUCAGUUUAUUGUUCGAGUCAAAGGCCAUGACAAGCUUGUAUUAAGCAACAGUAUUGAUAAAAUAAUACAGAACAUACAUCCAUAAUAUAAAAAUCCAUAAUACAAAAAAGGCUUUUCAAAGUUCCUGAGCAUUAAAAGACAGUUUCCUUUGUGCAUCUCUGACAACUCCAAUUCUAAUGUUAUUUCUGCCUUUCAAAAAUCCAGUUUGCCAACAUCCAUGAUGUAAGAGAAAGAAGUUACCAGAGACACUAACAAACUCAAAUCCAUCUUCACUGUUAGAGCACAUGCUUUGCAUUCAUAAAGUGAAUCCCUAGGUUUUUUCUGAGAGCCAUACCCACUGCUACAGUGUAGAGAGGAUAGCCAACAUGGUAUACAGAGCCAAAAGAAGAUUGGGCUGUUGUUGGAACUAAUAGUCUGGCCUUGCUGGAGCAAGAGGAAACUAGAAUAAGGGCUGGCACAAGAUCCUGACACUGAUCAUUCUGUUUCAUCCUUUUCCAGACAGCCCCAGGCCAUGUGAACAGAAUAAUUCCCGAUGCUGGAGAGAUGGCAAUGGAUUCCAGUGCAACUGUUCCAUCUGCUCCUAUCCUGCAUCUAGAAUUCAGUGGCAAGUAAAUGGGAAGAACUUGGAGGGGAACGACUCCAAUGAGACCAUGAAGGCCACUUUCUGGAAUAAGACAGAAGAAGCCAUCAGCACUCUGUACUUGACAGGGGACUUGGAUGGAGAGCAGCAUAUUGUCUGCCUUGGAACCAACCCCAGCGGACAGAUUCCCUUGAAGUUCUUUGUGGCUAGUUCAGGUAAGUCUCUGGGAUGCAGAUCGGUCCAAUAGAGUUACCUAGAGCCCUGCUUUAGAUAGCAGCCACACUUAGGGUUGCCAUAUUUCAAAAAGUAAAAACCAGGACACCCCAAAAGCCUUUGAAAUCCCGGUCGUAUGGCAGGCUAGGCACACUCACAAACUACAUACAGGAUUGCCAACUGAGGCUGCGCUUAAACCCCAAAAGAGGAAAAAGUGAAAACACCAUAUUUAUUGAAUACUUUUCAGAUAGCCAAAGUCCGCUGCAGAAUUCUGUAGUAAUGUGUGAGUGUGUUAACAAACAUUCGGGGCUUUUUUUUCAGCCAGAACUUACUGGAACUCAGUUCCGGCAUUUCUCAGGACGGUAAUAGAUGGAGGACACAGAGCUGCUACAGAUGAACUGUUUAUGUAACAUUCAUCCUGAUUUGCUUGCAGAAAGUUAACACAGUGGUUAAACUACACCCAGUUUUUAUUGAGCAUUUGCUCUUGUUUGUUUAUGGGGCACUGAUAGGACAACAAGCCUUGGUCCUGAUUUUCAUGUGGAGCAUCGACACGGCUUUCUGUUAAACGUUUAUCCACCCCACUCUGUUGGGUGCAUUUCACUAUCAAUUUCCCAACUGCAAAAAGUAGCCCAUUCUUUAAAAAGUGGGUUUGUUGCAUUAGGGCACCAGAGCACUUUAACAUGUUUUACUUGUGCAAAUCUACAUUUCCAGUAUGUGCUCAGAUCCCUGUCCCAAAACAGUAGGUCUGGUUUCCCCUGCAAUCCUUCCAUAGAAUGACAGAGUGAUUGAAUUAAGGUUACCUUUUGGUUGCCUCCCCCCACCCACCCCAAAGAAGCCAGCCAGAGCAUGAAGACAUGAUCCAACUGUGCAUUAAAGAUGGGGUGAUAGUACUUUAUUUCAAUUCUGAGCGGCAAUGAAUUCCUACAAAGAGAGGCCUCAGGCUUUGGGAUUGCUUGGCAGCUGCGAUGACUGGCCUGGAAGCUUACCUUUUCCCCACCUCUGUCUCAGUGGGCUGGGAAAUGCACUCUGCACAUGUUCAGAGGCAUCCAUUUCUUUACUCACACCCUGUGGCCUUGAAAGCAGCUCCUAGGGGCUGAUCCCUGGCUGAAAUGAAGCCCCAGCUUGUCACGUGCUUCAAAACGAGGCUUUUACGAUCCACUCUCCAAUCUCCUAAAGAGCUUUCGGCAUCUGGCCUGCAGGCAAACCCAAGUGCGGUUUUUAUUAAGUGUAUCUGUGUUAAUAACUUUAAUUUUAGAGAUAAAUGAUUGCCAUUAGAAUAAUUUAGUACUGAAGUAUUAAAAGUUUAUUAUUUUCUUCUAAUAGCCGGGGGGGGGGAGGGGGAGAGAUUAUCGCCAGUACUUCCAUGUAUUUAUUUUUUAAUUGAAGAGAUAAUGCCUUCGAUCUUUUAAAAUCAUCACAAUGAUUUUAAGUGCUAUUUUAAUGGGGGAUAAUGCUGGCAAUUACCGCUCAUUUAAUGCUAGACGGAUCACUGGAAGAUGCAGAUGCAUGUGGUGGAUGCUGCUCAGGAGAGCUGUCGCAAUGGAGUAGCGGCCAAAAUUGCGAUCUGAUGCUUAUUUGGGUUUCCUGCAUAGCAGGGGGUUGGACUAGAUGACCGUUGGGGUCCCUUCCCACGCUACAAUUCUAUGACACCCCCUUCCUUCAUAUGAACUCAGUGGCACCUGCUUCUGAGUAGGCAUGUGUAGAAUUUCACUGGAAGAGGCAUGAGCCCCGAAGUUGGGGUGGGCACAGAUGCAUUAACCAAGAAUGAAGAAGCGCAUCUCUGCAAAAGAGGGCAUAUUUGCAUAAAAUUCAUAUAUGUAAAUUUCCAUGCAUAUCUGCAAAUUUAGAGGGGAUCUGUGAUUUAAUAAAAUACAAUACAUCUCACCAUAGUUGGGAAGAUGGAUCCAGUGACUUGCGCAUCAGUCCAGUCUGUUGCUUCAUGGGCAACUUCAAGGCAAUACAAUUUCAGGGCAAUAAGGACUCCACUCUCUAUCUGUGUAGGGUUUACUCCUCAUACAGAUGCAGUUGAAACUUUUCCCUGUUUAGGGAAGUUUUUAAUGUUUGAUGUUUUAUCAUGUUUUUAAUAUUCUGUUGAGAGCCACCCAGAGUGGCUGGGGAAACCCAGCCAGAUGGGCGGGGUAUAAAGAAUAUAUUACUACUAUUACUACAGGGACGCGGGUGGCGCUGUGGGUUAAACCACAGAGCCUAGGAUUUGCCAAUCAGAAGGUCGGCAGUUCGAAUCUCCGCAACGGGGUGAGCUCCCAUUGCUCGGUCCCUGCUCCUGCCAACCUAGCAGUUCGAAAGCACGUCAAAGUGCAAGUAGAUCAAUAGGUACCGCUCUGGCGGGAAGGUAAACGGCGUUUCCGUGCGCUGCUCUGGUUUGCCAGAAGCGGCUUAGUCAUGCUGGCCACAUGACCCGGAAGCUGUACGCCGGCUCCCUUGGCCAGUAAAGCGAGAUGAGCACCACAACCCCAGAGUCGGCCACGACUGGACCUAAUAGUCAGGGGUCCCUUUACCUUUACCUUUGCUACUACUACCACUACUACUUCGGAGAGAGUAAGCGGACAUCUCCCUCCAUGGUUUUCGAAGGCAACCGGCAACCUUAGGGGAUUGCAUAGCUCUGCUAUCUACAAAGGGGAAUUGGUUGGGGACUCCAUUAGCCAGUGGAGGCUGUUUCAUGGGGCAUCUCUGGCAUAGCCCCACCUAGCUCAACCUGCUCUCAGCUAUUCCCUGCCUACCUGCUUCUUUAUGGACACUCAAAUGGUUCUGCCUGUCAUUGGUUCUGGCAACCCCCACUGUUGGGUUCUGUGACUUGAUGGGCACCAGCUGCUGCUGGCAGGGGCAUCGCAAGGAGUGUGUGGGGGUGCGAUCCACCUCAGGUGUCAUGCCUGGGUGUGUGUGACAAAAUCCACCCAGGCGGAUCAUCGUGGUGGCACUCACACCCCCGAUGGGCGGAUUUUCAUGAUUGGUGCAAUUGUUGUUGUGAAAAUUCGCCUGCUGAUUGUGCAAAUAUGCCUGAUGAUCAGACUGGCACCCUCCGGCGGGUAGCAUCCACACCCUCCAGCAGACAGCGCUCACAUCCCUGGUGGACAGUUUUAUGUGAUCACCCAGGGGUAGGCAACCUGAGACCCGGGGGCCAGAUGCGGCCCACUUGCCUUCUCAAUCCAGCCAGUGGACGGUCAGGGAAUCGGCAUGUUUUUACAUGAGUAGAAUGUGUCCUUUCAUUUAAAAUGCAUCUCUAGGUUAUUUGUGGGGCAUAGGAAUUCGUUCAUCCCCCCCCCCAAAAAAAAUAUAGUCCGGCCCACCACAUGGUCUGAGGGAUGGUGGACUGGCCCACAGCUGAAAAAGGUUGCUGACCCCUGCGAUCACCUAUGGGUGGUUGGAUUUUUGUGGGUGGUGCUGACACAGAUGCAUUUAAAAUGUGAUCUGGUGCUGACACAGAUGCAUUUUAAAUGUGAUCAUCGGUCGGAUUUGUACAAUCUACGGGUGUAUCUGUUUCACGACCAACCCUCCCUAAAAAAAGGUCAACAACUUUAGGGUACCAUCCCUAAAAAAAGCUCACCGGGUAAAUUUUUGCACUGGGUAUCACCUGACCUUGCUACCCCUCUGGCUGCUGGUUACCACACUGCCUUCCUUCCUCGUUAGCAUUUCCUGCCAUGGCUGCAGCAAUGCUUUUCAAUACCAGUUGCUGGAAGCCACAGGAGGCGAGAGUGCUUUUGUGCUCAGGUCCUCCUUCCCAGAUUCCCAGAGGUAUCUGGGUGGCCAAUGUGAGAACAGGAUCCUGACUGGGCAAUUGUCCUGAUCCAGCAACACUCUUUUGAAGUCCUUAGCAUUUUCUGCCUGAGGCACUGGCCUCAUUCUGCCUAUCGAUAGUCCUGGGUUCUCUUAGCUCUUUGGGACAAACAGAAGUCACUUCAAACAUUGGGUUGAGAUAUUGGGGGGGGGGAAUGGAGAAGCUGGUUCUCUGUGGCUUCACCAGACCUGUUCUCCUCUGAACCAACAGGAGACUCUCUGAAAAGGAACCUAAUCAGCGGCGUAUUGGGUGCCCUCGUCAUGUUGGCUGUCGUCAUCCUGAUCGUUAUCAUCGUCGUUCUGAUUUCCAGAAGGUAAGUAACAGUUAGCAUCUGUCUGUUUCCGUAGUACUUGAGGAGAGCGGAGUCUCUUUUGCACUGGGCGUUGAUGGAGAGGAAGGCUCCACCUGGAGUGAAUUUUUGGUUCAGUACUAUGUUGAAACAUCAUCACCGGUGUUGUGGCUGAGCAGACUCUAAGCCAAUCACUGCCUUGCACCUUCAAGGAAGGUGGAUGGUGGUGGUGCUUUUUGGCUUGCAAAAAACUGCGCAUUUGUGCUGGCCUACUCUGCAGAGCUUUCCAGACACUCAUCUUUCCUCCGGGAGACUGAUCAGGCAUGACACAGCCGCUUGGUGUCGCCCUAGCAAGUGCCGCUGUUGCUGGCAAAUGACUAUUGUCCAGCAAUCAGUCUGCUGAUUUGAAGCCUGGGAAUUGUCAGGUUUUUGCAGCGAUCCUGGCCAUUGGGAUGCACAGGUGGUGAGGAGUGUGAGCUCUCAGCCCAGGAGGUCAAGAGGCAUGUAAAAUAGCCCAGAUUAGGCAGGUAUCUGGUCCCAGAGCCAGCGGCUGCUCUAUUCCCCAUCCCUGGAUUAGGGUGUGUGCAUGGAAUACAUUCUAUUAUUACAGUUUUGUUAUUAUUUCCUUGGCUUUUCAUUAGUUGGGUUUGCUAGCCUUUGCUAGGCAUUUGGGCAUAUUUAAAGACGGGGCAAAAUGUUGGUCAAUAAAAGCAAUACACGGAAUAUAUAAAUGUGCUUUUUUUUGGUACUGGUAUGUGGCCUCUGAAGAACUGCCCAUAAGGGAGCAUGAAAUAAUAUUAUUAUUAAUAAUAAUAAUACCCCACCCAUCUGGCUGGGUUUAAAUAUGAGGUUCCCAACCCCUCGUGCAAAGAGUUUGCGCUACACUGAAGCACACGGGAAGCAUAGCAUUUGGGAACAUACGGGAACCUGGGGCUACCUUUGAAGGUGACCCGGAAACUGCAAUUAAUCCAGAAUGCGGCAGCUAGACUGGUGACUGGGAGUGGCUGCCGGGACCACAUAACAGAGUGGCUGGGGAAACUCAGCCACAUGGGUGGGGUAUAAAUUAUUACUAUUAUUAUUAUUAACCUCCGUAAGAUAUUGGAAACCACUUCCCAUCACCCCUGACCACUGGCCAUGCGAGAAACAUUGGGAGGGCCACAGAGACCCCUUCCCUGUGAAUGGGUUCCUCCCCUCAUCUACAUGGUGGGGAGAAAGUUGGUUGGCUUUCUUUCUCUUUCUCCUCCUCCUUGCUUAGAUGGUUUUAAAAGAGGAUGAGAGAAGUUCAGGAGGAUAAGGCUAUUCCUUGCAAUUGGCUCCUGAUCAUAAUGGCUCAACAACUUGCCCCCCCCCAACUUUGCCAAAAAUGCUCAACAAUUUCUGUGUCCAGAUUUUCACUUUUUGAAAUAUGGCAACCCUAACCAAAGGAAGGGCUAACACGAACGGUAACUGAUUGAAGAAGCAGGAGGAAGGAAGUAAAGCCUGAUGGAGAAAACACAAUCUGCAGGUUGUUAUUUAGGAAGGAAUCACAGAGGGAAGACUAGGGGCUCAUCCCCACCUCUGUUUGCCCUGUAGCUUUCCCCUGGGGAAAACCCAUGGCUUAGCGCUGAAUCGGAACAAAUGGCAAUCAGGUUUUCUGCAGAUUGCUGUUUGUUCCGAUUUAGCGCUAAAGAACAGGUUUUCUGGGGGAAGGUGUCAGGGCAAAGGCAAAACCUCCUGGACCCAUGCCUAGAAAACCCAUGAUUUUUUGGCACAAGACAACUGGAAGUGUGGAUGAGCUCUUCAUUACCUUUCUGCCUACUGCCCCUCACUGGUUCAGGCAAUUUAUUGCAAGCGUUAUUGCCUUAAUUGCAACACUUUGGACUCAUGCACACUUCUGCUCAUCCCCGCCUAGAGCGGUUUCCCCCUUGUCCCACUUCUUUCCCAGGGAAAACCCGCUCUCUAGUGCUCAAUCGGAGCAAACGUCAAUCCGGAGAAAACCCCAAAUGAUGUUUGCUCUGAUUGGGAGCAGUCUUCUCCAGGAGAAAGCAGCGGGGCAAGAGGAAGGGUGGAUCAGCCCUCAACGAAAGGCCUGAGGAGGCUUUCUGAGCAUUCGAGCCAACCCAAAUGCCAACUCCAGCCAGCUGCUCUGCCUCCCCUAGGGACUCAAAUAAAAUAAACCACCUUGGGGAAAGCAGCCAGCAGGGGGUUGGAGGUGCAAAGGCAGACAUGAGCCAGAGAGGCCUGGUCUAGGUGUGCUGUUUCUACCGACUUCCACCAUGUCAAGCAGGUGUGCUCCCAAGAUUAAGUGCAUCCCUGCUUCAAAAAUUUUUUGGGGGUCAGCAGACUGAGGGCUUGCACAGUACCGAAGCAGCCUAAAAAGGUACAAAAACGCACAUUCAGAUGUUACCUAUACUGUUUUUAUGGACCCGUUUCAACUUUUUAGCCCAUCAACGAUGCAUCUUUAAGAUUUGUUGCACAAGCAUCCUUUGUAUUUCCUACGGAAGCCUACCUCUUCCUCUUUUGCCUAUCCGCCGUUUGCAACAUCUCAGUCUCGCUAAUAUAUUCCUCCCUCCCUCUGCCUCUUUCUCCUUUAAUUCAAGUAUGAAGAAACUGUUAUGAAUCCCUCCACAUAUAAGCUUUAUUAGUUUCUCAUACAGUUAGUUUAUUCUUCUCGGGAGUAUUAUUAAGUCUGAAAAAUCCCCUUAGUUCAUCAGUACGCAACCUCGUUGUCUGACAGUAACAAAUUAUUUAAUUUCCUCGAGCAAAGUUGCUCUUAUUUAUAAUUGAUCAAGUUAAAUGUGUUGCAGUCGGUUUAUAUACUGAGGCAUCUAUUGGGAAGCUGGCAAAAGCUAUUUCUUAUGUGGGGAAGAAAUCAGACGUAUGAAAUCUGCCUUACUGCUCAACCUGGUUUAUGCAAUCAUAUCCUGACUUAGAACUCUUCUGCUCUUGGAGACAGAAUGUCUCUGAAUACUAGUUGCUGACUAUCACAAGGGAGAAGAGGGUGGUUGUGCUCAGGUCUUGCUUGCAGGCUUCCCAAAAGCAUUAGGCUGGCCAUUGUGAGAACAGGGUGCUGGACUAGAUGGGUCUUCGGUCUGAUCCAGCAGAGUUCUUCUUUAUCUCUUUGUGUUCUGCACAAGCAGAGGGAGAAUGCAAGAAGCAUGAACUACAGCUUUCUGUUAAGUCCAAACUGGGGAACUGAAACAAGAUUGGUUUCAUAAGUCAACUUUUCACCCAUGGCUACAUACCCUGGUUGUUUGGAAGCCAUUAACCAUGGUUUCCUGGUGCAGAAGUCACGGGAACCAUGGUUAGCUGAUCACCUCCUUUCCUGUUCUACUUCCACUGCAGACCACAGGAGUGGGAUUGUGCUCUUGUGCUUGGGUCCUGCUUGUGGACUUUCCAUAGGCAUCCGGUCAGCCACUGUGAGAACAAGAUGCUGGGAUCCUGGGCCUGAUCCUGCAGAGCUCUUCUUAUGUUCUGUAAGAGAGGGCAGCAAAAUGAGGGCAAAGGGACUGCAUGCAACUCAUUGCAUUUCUUGGCUUCUUGAGUCAGGAUUUGAUUGUCCAAACUUGGCCACUGACCUAUUUAGCCUCGUAUUAUAUCCUGACAAGAAGGGUGGGUGGUGCUGUGGCCUAAACCACUGAGACUCUUGGGCAGGCAUAGGCAAACUUGACCCUCCAGAUGUUUUGGGACUACAACUCCCAUCAUCCCUGACUACUGGUCCUGUUAGCUAGGGAUGAUGGGAGUUGUAGUCCCCAAAUAUUUGGAGGGCUGAGUUUGCCUAUGUCUGCUCUUGGGCAUGCCGAUCAGAAGAUCGGUGGUUCGAAUCCCUGCGAUGGGGUGAGCUCCUGUUGCUCUGUCCCAGCUCCUGUCAACCUAGCAGUUCAAAAGCAUGCCAGUGCCAGUAGAUAAAUAGGUACCGCUGUGGUGGGAAGUUAAACGGCGUUUCAGUGCGCUCUGGCACUGGUCACGGUGUUCCAUUGUGCCAGAAGCAGUUUAGUCAUGCUGGCCACAUGACCCAGAAAGUUUGGCUGGAAAAGCGUGAUGAGCGCUGCAACCCCAUAGUCACCUUUGACUGGACUUAACCGCCCAGGGGUCCUUUACCUUUUACCUGUAUUCUGACUGGCAGUGACUCACAAAAGGAAGGGUCCUUUCCUAGUGCUCUUGCUUGAUGCCCUCUUGAUUUCAGCCCCCAUCAUCCCUGACCCUUGAACAAGCUGGCUGGAGUAUGAGGGACUUGUUGGAGAGGAAUGACAGCUCAGUAGUGAAGGUUCAAUCUCUGGCAUCUCUAGGUUGGGCUGGCAAAAACUCCCUGCCUGGAACCCUGAAUAGCUGCUGCCAGCCAGUGUAGGUGAUACUGAGCUAGACUGACCAAUGUUUCUCACUUGGUCGAAAGCAGCUUCUGAUGGGCACCAGCUUCUGGAGGGCACCAGAUUGAAGAAGGCUAAGCUAGAGACUGAACCAGGGACCUUCUGCAUCUGCUCUACUAGAUGCAUCCUCCAAUUUUUAGAAUCAUAGAAUUUUAGAAUUGGAAGGGACCCCCAAGGGUCAUCUAGUCCAACCCCCUCCAAAGCAGGAAUGCUUCAUUUUUUAAAAUAAUGUAUUUUAUUGAUUUUUAAAAAGGCUUCCUGAUGUACAUUGGAGCAGCAAGCCUAACGUCUAUAAAGUUGGAGUCUUCUAGGCAUCGCUUGCUUAAGAAACAUUGUACACCUUUAUUCAACACUUUAGAAGCAUGAAGUGUUAUAAACGUUACUCUGACCCAAUCUGUCAACAUGUGACCCAUAACACUCUUCAUUUCUUGACCUAUCAAAGUGUCUCCUUCUAUGAAGUCUAAUAAAAUAUCGACCUCGUUUUCCAAACCUCCCUCCCUCUUUCUCCCCUGUUUGUGAUUUGGUGCGUGAGCCCACAGAAGCAUUAGUUUCACUCAGGAAUAAAUCCUCCAUCAUCAAGAUUCUCCCUUCCUUGUCAAUAUAUUGAUAGACUACAACAUAUUUUACAUUGCAAAAAUCCAAGUUGGCUUGUUUCCCCCGCAUGCAGAUUGUUUGACACAGUAGUAACUGGAGAUGAAAAUGUCUCCCUCGAUUUUAAUUUUGUAAUGAAUUCUGGUGCCUUCAGCCUAAAUCAAUAUGCAUUUCCUGAAUUAUUAACAUAGUCUUACUUUCCUUGCAUACCUUUUGAGAGAGAGAGAAAUUCUCCCUUACUUAUCGUGUUAUGUAACAACCCAGGAGAAGGCAGAAAGUAAAUCAGGAUCGCCUAGUAAAUCUCCGGGUGAUUUGCAGUAGAUCACCAGGGUUUUCAGACUCCCAGUUAUUUUAAUUACUGUAACAAUUAAAAGGCAGCCCUAGCCACCAUCAAGUUGCAACUGCCUUCUAAAUUAAACUGCUGGGAUGAAGAAAGCCUGAGAGGAAAACCUGGAAUGGAUUCUUGUGUAGCAGGACUGUAAGCUUGGUGCCGGUGCUGAAGAUAUGUUAUUGGGAUCUGCAUGCGCUCAGAGGCACCCUGUUUGUUAAUUCUAUAUUGCCCCAUUUGAAGCAACUACUUACACAAGGCUUCAGUUGCUGUGUCUUGUGGUCCUAGUAACACCUCUAGUAUUAAACAUUGUGGUUCUAGCAAAAAAAAUACAUCAAUCAAAUCCCAAAUAGAACUGAAAUCUCCAUGCCCCAAUUAAAUCCAUUUAGUGUUUUUAGAAUGCAUUUAAUCAGUGCCCAUUGAAAACCAGUAGGGGGGCAGGCAGGGAGCCCAACGAAAAGGCGGAGCCAGAUCCCAGCGUGGGAGGAGCCAACUAAUUCUACUUUUGUCCCAAUGAGUUCUACAAAGGCAGCACUGAGUAAGGAGGAGGAAGGGGGGGUAAAGGGGACCCCUGACCGUUUGGGCCAGUCGCAGACGACUCUGGGGUUGCAGCGCUCAACUUGCUUUACUGGCCGAGGGAGCUGGCGUACAGCUUCUGGGUCAUGUGGCCAGCAUGACUAAGCCGCUUCUGGCGAACCAGAGCAGCACAUGGAAACACCUUUUACCUUCCCACCAGAGUGGUACCUAUUUAUCUACUUGCACUUUGACGUGCUUUCGAACUGCUAGGUUGGCAGGAGCAGGGACCGACCAACGGGAGCUCACCCCAUCGCGGGGAUUCGAACCGCCGACCUUCCGAUUGGCAAGCCCUAGGCUCUGUGGUUUAGACCACAGCGCCACCCGCGUCCCUCAAGGAGGAGGAAGCUGGCUGCCAAUGGACCGGUUUGUAAGUAAGAAGGCAGGUGGUGGUGGUGGGGCCCUGGCUCAGAUCAGACUGAGGCUGUGGGGCAGUGCCCCAUUUGCCCUUGCAGAGUAGCCUCCCCUGUAUGUGAUCACACUUGUAACUAAUGGAGACAAGAAAACUGCAACAAGAAGCAGGAGGGUAAAUUAUACAACAGCUGCAAGGAAGUUGUACCAUGGGCCCAAACAUGGUGAGAUACAGGGAGGCAUAACAGAGUCUUGCUCCUCCAUCUUCCGGCGGUGUACAUAGGUGCAGGCAAACCCCCAAGCUGUCUCUCCUUUUCUCCCUACUGGACCAAAGGACUGAGGACUAUGACAGUGCAUGUCCUAGGGUCAAAAGAGACUUCUGUCAUGUUUGCAUUCAGGCAAUGAGCCUGGGGUAAGAGCGUAGCUCUGUCCCCAUAGAAGAAAGUAGAAGAAAAUAAUAUACUACAUGACUGCGAAUGAUUUUCCUCUAUCAGUGGGAGGAUUACUAAUGUAGCAUUUGCUGUGCUAUCUUGUUUGUCUUAUUUAUCUGAACACAGAGCAUACCCAUGAAUAAUCUUUUGAACAAUUCCAGGAAAUCACUGCAAAGUUUUCAAUUAACGCCCCCACCCAAUAAAACCAUUUCUAUCAAACAGAACCUUAAAAUGUUUUCCAUAUACAGUGGUACCUUGGUAGUUAAAUGGCUUGGCUCCUGAACAAAUCGGCUGCUGAACACUGCAAACCCGGAAGUGAGUGUUCCGGUGUGCGAACGUUUUUCGGAAGCUGAACGUCCAACAUGGCUUCCACGGCUUCCAAUUGGGAGCAGGAAGCUCCUGCAGCCAAUCAGAAGCCGCGCCUUGGUUUUCAAACUGUUUGGGGAGUUGAAUGAACUCCCUGAAUUGAUUAAAUUUGAGAACCAAGGUACCACUGUACUUCUUUCCUUUGGUUACUUUAUCUGUUAAGAAUUUCCCCCACUUUCUCUCUUAUCUCAAAGUAAUCCCCAGUCAAAGAGAUAGGCAGAUGCUUUGGAUGUCUGCACCAGUGACUAGCCAUUUGGGAUUAUUCCAUUUUGUUUGCAUAGCAGCAUCUUUGGAAUUGUGGUUCUGAAACCAAACCAAGGCACCUAAUGUUUAUAAGAAUAUACACUGUUAAUUCUCAGAGCUGCUUAAAGCAGCGUUGCUCAUUCACAAGGCUUCCCACUAAACUAGCCAAUAAUCUUUUCCAGGUCUUCUGCUAAAUUUUCUCCAUCCACGUCAGGUAAGCCUCUUGACAUGAACAUUUCUCUCUCACACCCUGUUGUCUAAUUCAUCACUGUUCUCUUCUAACCGUCUUUUAAUCUUCUUGGUCACUUACAAUCUCAACUACUUUUGUAGCCGAAUCAAAACUUCCCAAAUUUUGCUUCUAUAUACAUGUAACCUCUCUCCUCAGCACCUCCAGCUCUUUGUUUAUGACGUCAGGAUUUUCUGUCUGUCUCUUUCUGGCUGCGAUUCAGAACACACUUUCCUCCUCUAUGAUUCUAUGAUUUCUUUGAAAUCUGGGUUCACUACUGAAUAACAUGCAUAGGACCAGAUUGUGAUGUACAUAGCCUUGCUUCCAGCAUUGCCUUAACUCUUCCCCACAAUCUGGGGCUAAGCCAUCUCACUGAUAUUUGUGUUUUCCUAACCCUGGCCUUUGCUGGCCUGUAUAACUCUUACUCCCCCCCCCUUUUUUUAGGGUUCCCCAUCUCCUUUGGUAUAUGAAGAAUAGCAGGCAUGGUGUCAGAAUUUGGGGCUUGUACAGCACUUAAAAGAGACAUGAGAUCAUUUCCUUGGGGAGAUGGUGGCUGCAUUCACACGGCAGUCUAUUCUGCCCUCCCAACAUUUCCUUGCUAAUUUCUGCAUUACGCUUGUGUGUAUCACCUCUAGAAAUAUAGCAGAAUAUAGCAAAAGUCUAGAGCUUAUUUUCGUGUUUUUUGCUUCUGCAAAAAAAUAUGUUUUUGCAAAUAACUGAGAAAUGAGCGCUAAACUUGUGCUAUAGUUGGCUACAUUCUGGGAGUGGCUUACACAUCGUGUGAAAGCUCGAAUAUAAUGCAAAAAUUAAUGGUUGGGAAUUGCUGGGGAAAUAGAAUGAACUGCUGUAUGAAUGCAGCUGGUGAGUGUCUGGAACAGCUCCUGUAACGAGGGAAGAAAUUGGAGUUUCUCAUCUGUGCACACCAAGCAUUGCAAGUUUUGACUUCCACCAGUGGUAGCUGGUGCCAGGUUUGUAAGUAAGAAGGCAGGCAAGUGGGGGCUGACUGGGAUUGCCCUGAGAGACCAGCCUCCACCAACUUACACCACUGCAGCUUAAGCCGAUGCUAAGAUUCAGCACUCCUGUCCCUGUUGUGUGCAUGUUCUGGACAUUAAAAAGAAAAAGAAAAAUGGAUUGAGGAGUGGCAUGAGCCAACUGGAGGUGGCGUGAGGUCAGUUAAAUGAAAAGGGGAUGAAAUUUCUCUCUGCAGGUACCCAAAGGACAGAAAACCUUUGACUGCCUCAGAAUCUUUCACAAAGCCCUUGACUCACGUCCACAGCGAGCUUUCCCCAGAUGUCAAGGUCUGUAGCACCUGCCUCUCAGCUGUCACGUUUAAAAAGUCCACACCAGCACUUUGAUUGCUUGCAGUCCAAAGUUGUGUUCAGGCAGGGUGGAGGGUGGCGGUGGCAGUGGCAAAUGCCAGCCUCACCCCCCUCCCCAAAGUCAUCAUUUUCAUAUACACGUCUCCUGUCCCUGACCUUCCUCAUGCUGCAUGCAGAAGACCUCCAUAGGGAGUUUUGGUUGGCAUCCAUCUGUCUCAGGAGACGAUGAAAGAGUAAGCCUUUGAGGGUGAAGUCAGACCAUUGGGAGAAUUACAGUGCCUGCUGUGGCUGUAGGGACCGAAAGGGAAAAGACAUGUUUUGCUGCAGCUGGGGCAGAUGAAGGCGUCCGGUUGUUUGCCGCUGCAGAUGCACCACAGUGUUUCUUCUCCCAGCGGUCAUUACUGUUGGUCACGGCUGUGGAUUUACAACCUGACGGCCUGUUUCCAGGUGCUGUGGUUAUCUGCAAGGGAUUCCCACACAAUGUUGCAAGGCUUCAUGCCACAUUUGCAGUUGAAUCCCUUGAACAAUGGGGGACGCUGCUUUAUCAGAUUGCACAUUGCAGGGAGAGAAACCUCAGUCUUGAAGGCUGAAAGUGGCCCUUCAAGCUCCUUGGGACUCUGCAGUGGCAGAGCAAGCCGAUUGGGUGACUGGGGUGGCACAUGUGCCCUGGGACGGGGCCAGCUGCCCGUGGGGAGGGGCAAGCCGGGGCAGGACACUCCGCAGGCCCUCCAAGGAGUCUGCCUGCCUCCUCCCACUCAGCCGCCCUACAGCUGGGGGGGGGAGGAGAGGCAGUGGGCAGACCAUUUGGGGCAGCCUGAGGGUGUCCAAGCCAUUGCGUCACUCCCAGGAGAGACACGUGGCUUGGGUGCGCUGCAGGCCCCGUGGUGAGUGCUGCCUGGCAUUUUGUCACCCCCCUCAGUGGUGACACCCGGGGUGACCCGCCCCCACCGCACCCCCUUCCUCCACCCCUGGAACUCUGCCCAGGCCCCACUGACCCAGCUCAUGCAUCUCACAGCUCUACAUCCUCCUGUAGUGAGUUUUCCUGGCUGGGAUGUUUCCUUGAACUGUGAAUUCUCACCUUGCUUGUUGGGCUGGAGAAUGGUUACACACAUUUUUUACACUCCCGCCACUGGGAUGCAGCUCCCAAAGGGCUUCCCACAAGGCAUGUGUCCCUUGGAUGGGGGAAAAAGUUCCCAACUCUGGACAGAAAUCAUUCCACUUGUGUUCAAGGAAAGGUUUAUAGGUUCCUGGAGCAAUAUGAGGAAAGUCAGGGACUGAGCAAAGGCAGACAUGAGGACACUGGGAAUGAGGCUUGUGUACACCCCCAUGGCCUCAGAUUACCAUGCAUCCCUUCAUUCAUUCACAGAGAUCAAAUUUGGAUUUUGUUUGUUUCUAAUUUAAAAGGAAAAAGCUUCGAGGGCCUUUUAAGGUUAGAAAUAAGGCAAAGAAGGAAGAGCGUGCUCAAGAUUUGGGGGAGGGAGAACCUAUUUGUUCUUAAGUUUCGCAGUCCAGGUUACGGAUAAGCUUUAAAGUAGCUCAAUCCUGGGUUUUGCAUAAUGUUUGCUUGUUGUUUUUCACCAACAGCAUAA